AUGGCAACCUCUAGUCUGGUGGAAUUUCCAGAUCUGAUCAGUGCCAAGAACAGAACCGAAUCCCUGGCCCUCCCCAAUGUGAAGCGCAUCAACAAUAUAGCAGACUACAUGGCCGAUCCCUUGAAUUUCGAUGGCGACAUCAAAAAGCUGGCUGGUCGCUUUAAGAACGAGGCCAAGCAGUGCCAGGAUGUCGUCAAUCUCUUGAGAGACCAUCUGCAGGUGAAGACUACAGCUCUGGCUCAGGUCAAGGAGGAUAUGCUGGAGCUGCAGCGCAAGCUCAAGGAGCCAGAUGCCACUUUCGUCUACGUGACCAUGAAGAAGCAGGUCCUGGUUAAGUUCUUCGACGAGACCGAGAUGAACGAGUACGAUGUGCCGACGGCCCUGAUGCGAUUCAAUCUCAAGAUGAGUCAUCUUUACGGGGAAAUCCUGGCGCUGGACAGCGACAUUGAUUACGUGAACUACUUAAAGGGCAUUGCUACAGUCAACAAUCAGUAUGUGAAGGAUUGGUACAAGCGCGAAAUGACCAAGAAGUUCAAGAUGGAGCUUGAGGAGAAGGAUCCUAAAGCGAAGGAGUCUGCGGAGUCUUUCGAACGUGAGGACGACUCUGAAGAGGACUUUUAUGAGGAGUUUGAGGAGUUUAUCGGACAUGAUCAGUCUGGAGUGGAGGCUGAAGAAAAGGAGCCUGAGGGAAAGGAGCCUAAUGAAAAGAAGUCUGAGGAAAAGGAGUCUGAGAUGAAGGAUCCUGAAGAGGACACUGACUCGUGUUCCAAAGACCCUGAAGAGAUGUGGCCUGUGGAGGAGGAGCAUGUGAAUAAGUUCGAAAAUAAGGAUAAGAACGCUAAGGGAAUGUUACCUGAGAAGAAAGUAUCUAAGGAGAAGGUCGCUGAAAAGAAGUUCCCUGAGGAGAAGGAGCCUGAAGAGAAACCUCCUGGGCAGAAGGAUCCAAAGAAGAUGGCUACUGGGGACAAGGACGCUAAGUUACCUAAGAAGAAAGUCACGGGGAAAAAUGCCUCUAAGGAGGUGCUCCCUAAGAAGUUGCCUGGGAAGAAAGUCUCUAAGGAGAAGGUCAUUGAAAAGGAUGUCUCUGAGAAAAAAGUCCAAAAGGUGGCUCCGAGACGAUUGUCCAAUUAUGAAUGA